CAUAAUUCAUCAUCACCACUCCCCGGCCGGGUCACAUCGCAUCCAACAAUGGCAGGUACUUUGAGAUCAUGGACAGCUCUUGUGGCGGUGGUACUGUGCGUCCUAGUUUGCCUCAGCACCUUCGCGGACGCCUACCCGCCCAAACCGGAGCCUCCGUCCGGAGACGUGGGUCCAGAAGAGAUGGCGAAAUACCACACCGCCCUCCGCCACUACAUCAACCUCAUCACCAGGCAGAGGUAUGGAAAGAGAGCUGCACCAGAGGCUGCAGUAGCAGAGCUGCUGUUUGGAGACGAUUCUGAACAGGAUGUCAGACCACGCGCUGACGACAGCCUGGUGUGGUGAUCUGCCCCCCCGACUGACCCCUGCUGUCUGUCCGAAGACCCUCCCCUCUCCUCACCUCGUGUGAUGAGCCUCCCCCAUUAGCACCUCUAAGAAGAAUGAGUUUAUUAAGCAGAUGAAAAACACACCACGAACCAGCGCCCAACAAACAUUCAACAAACUUUGGGUUCCUCCAGCAAUGCACAAUGCAUACAGAUUCUCUCUCUCUCUUUCUCUCUUAAUGCUUGCAUUCCUUUUUGUGUAUUUUCUGAAGAUAAUUGUAAAUAAUUAAU